AUGAUGGAUCUCAGCAACGAAACGAACAUUUCCCAAGAGCUGAUCUGCUACGGAAUACCAGUAAGCAUCUUAGUUUUCAACUCAGAGAUUUACAUCACAUUGAUGGGUCUUAACAUCUUAAUUUCCAUAACUGCUUCGGUUGGAAACUUGUUCGUUCUUGUGACAAUAUGGCGAAGUCUACAUUUGCACUCUCCUUCGAACACACUGCUGUUCGGCCUGGCUAUGUCUGAUCUGUGUGUUGGACUUGUAUCUGAGCCACUAACCGUUGGAUUUCAAGCAGUUCUCUUCAAGAAUUCAAGCAAAAUUACCUCCUGUACUCUUGUGAAAACUCUUAGUUUAACAUCUACAUUUCUAACAGCAGUCACCCUGUUAACUGUAACGGCAAUGAGCGUUGAUCGCUAUCUAGCGAUAUAUCUGCACCUGAGAUAUGACCAAAUGGUCACAGAAAAGAGAACAAGGAAAGUCAUUUUAUUCCUUUGGUUUAUAAGUAGCGUGCCCUCAGUCAUAAUGGUGUUUGAUUCUAUGACCAGUUAUUUAGUUAUGAUACUUAUAAUAACACUUUGCCUCGUAAUUAUUACGUUUGCUUGGAUUAAGAUUUACCAAGUUGUACGACAUCACCAAGCUCAGAUUCAAGAUCAGAUGGCUGUUGCUUCGCAAUCAUUUAACAUGGCGAGAUUCAAAAAUUCUGCCAUAAACACUAUGCUCGUGUUAGUCAUCGUUCUGUUGUGCUAUACUCCGUUUCUCGUUUCUAAAAUUUGUCUCACUGUCAACUUAAAUCGUUCAAAUGUUCUCUUUUUCGAGAUCAGUCUUACAUUUGUGCUCUUAAAUUCCUCGCUUAACCCAUUGGUGUAUUUUUGGCGUCAGCGUGAUCUUCGUGCACAAGCUAAACAACUUGUGAUGACGUUUUGCUGUCAAACACAAUAA